AUGGUCCGUGUUUCGCAAAGGCAAGAUACGAUCAAGUUCCUUGAAAUGGCCUUGGAGAACAACCUCUUGCUUGAUGUAAUUGAUGGGGCUUUGGGACUUGACGACAAAAGCAGCUCAGAUGAGGAGGACAGAAAGUCAAGCUCCGACAAAGACGAAACACAAGCGGCCGCCAAUGAUGACUUGUUGCAAUAUAUUCAAGCAGUCUAUCUUGAGAGGUACUUUGGCAUGUGGAGUUCUCCAUAA